AUGCCGUCUAUUCUCCAAGCUGAUGUGUAUGUUUCCUCACGUCUACCCCUCGCCAUAAAACGCGGUGGGGAAUCGAGCUCUUUCUCCCCAAUAUCUUGCACCCUAAUCCACGGAGACUCAGAGGCUGUUCUGGUAGACACUCCAAUAUCCAUCUCCCAGACCGAAGACCUCGCCCGCUGGAUCAAAGACACUGCACCGGGCAAAGACCUCCGCUAUGUUUAUAUCACCCACGGCCAUGGAGACCACUGGUUCGGCAUAACCGUGCUUCGAAAGCACUGGCCCAAUCUACGUGCAAUUGCUACGUCUGGAACUGUCGAGCAUAUGCGAGAGCAGCUCAAGCCAGAGAUACUCGAUGGGCUUUGGCGCGCCCUGUUCCCUGGGGACCAGAUUCCAGCCUGUCCCGAACCCGCGGAGAUGAUGGAAUCUGCCGUGUUUGAGCUGGAAGGAAACGAGUUCCAUGCCGUUGAGGUUGGGCAUACGGAUACCUACAAUACCACUGUGCUGCAUGUGCCGAGCAUUAAGCUUGUGGUGGCCGGGGAUGCUGUUUAUGGAGAUGUUCAUCAGUUCUUUGGGGAGGCAAAUACCCCCGAGAAGCGGCGCGAGUGGCUUGCUGCGCUUGAUAAGAUUGAAGCUCUUCAGCCACAUACUGUUAUUGCAGGCCAUAAGCGUGCUGGCACAGUGGAUGGAUUGUUUAACCUACACAAGACGCGGCAAUAUAUUCUUGAUUUUGAGGAGGCGGUUGCGGCGUCUUCGAACUGGGAGGAUCUGUGGAAGGAAGUCCAGCGACGUUAUCCCAGACGGAUCAACCCUCAUGCCAUUCUCAGGGGAGCCAUGGCGACUUUUCCUGAGUCGAAAUUGAUUUAA